AUGCCUAAGAAGCGAAACCACCUUCGGUCCUUCGAGUCGUGCCCCGUCUUGUCCUCGCCCAGCUCAAGCUCAACUCCAAAUGCUGCUGGCGGGAAACCACCCAAGACUGUAAACGAACUUCUCGCGAAUCUCCGCCACGCUGCUGGACGCACUUUGGAUCCACGGCUCCUGGCAGUGACUUCGCCCAGUGUGCCGCCCGCCAUCAGAGAACUUCUCCAGAUUCCUGAAACCACUUCCCCUGAGCCCAGACGGCCAGUGAGGCAGAGAUUUGACUCCAAUGGCCGUAGGCUUCCUGCCGGCCCCGCGCCUCCACGGAGCUGGGUCUCGACAAGACCGGCCCAGGAUUCCAGCCCCAUUGAAUCCCUUUCGCGCUCCCUUCGCGUGAGCUAUUCCAGCCUGAGCCAGAUUACUCUACCGGGCACUUCUCUCCCGGGGCCAGGGAGCUUGAUCGACAUUGCCCUGAGGCGGCUGGCGGUGGAUUGGGAUUUUCAUCGGGUUUACAACCAGCAUCAUCUCUAUUUCGUACCCAAUCAUCUCAAGUCGGCCCUUAUCCGGUAUGUAGGGGUUGCUUCUGAUGGCGGAGCGUCGCUUGCAGAUCUGAAAACCAUCUUGUUACCUCCCGACGGCAUCUACCGCGAUGGCAUUUUACCCGCUCGCGAACCCAGGUCCAAUCCGGAAAUCACUAACUUGGAUCUCUCCGCUUCCAUCGGCAGAUCGCUAAGACUCAGCGAGGUGCUUGAUCUCCUCUUCAGCGAGACGAAGAGAGAUGAUCCGCCAGUUGAAGAGCCUCAGGACUCCUGGGAGACAGAUGAAAGCAGUCCCAGCCCUCCGCGUCUACUGCUCCCCAACCUGACACAUCUGUCUCUGACAUUGGACCCGCGGAGCGCCCGCGACGUUUCGUGGAAACAGCUUCUGACGCUAUCAGGGAAACUGCGCACAAUAACACACCUCAGUCUUGCAUACUGGCCUCAGCCCUGUCUGAACCCACGGGCCAAAUACGCAACCAUUUCCUCCCCCCAAUGUCGCAGCAUCCCGUAUGCCGGCACCAACAUCUACUCUCAUUCCCUCGAUCACGAUUGGAGCGAAGCGCUCCUUGUGUUGAGGAUGUUGAGCAACAGUUUCUACAACCUCGAGUUCCUGGACCUUACUGGGUGCGCUGCGUGGUUCGAGGCGCUCCGCCUGCAAGAUGCCCAUGAUUUCGUCGAUUGGUCUGGCUCCUGGGGCAAGGUGACGCUGCUGAGGUUACAUGUUGGAUGGAGCCCGGGCGCUGAUGCCAUGAGAUCGGAUAAGAAUGCGCAUGCUGCGGCAGUUGAUACUGCUCAGGGUGUGGAAAAGCAUAUCAGGGCCAUGAGAGCUGGCAAAGGCAGGUUUAUACACGUCGAGCGGGACGUUUCGGAGGACCGUGUUGCCUAG